AAAACUGUUCCAAGUGAACAGGAGAUGUUCCAGGCGGGCCAGCCAGAGUGAGCUAUUCCUCUGGAGAAUGACCCAGUGACCCUGAAUAUCUGUUGGCCUCAUCUCUACCAAACCCUGAGGUCUCAGCUGGCCUGAGUCUCCCCCUCCUUCCAUCGUCUGUGCCUCUGAUUAGAGUCCCAGCCCUCCCUCCUCCGCCUGGAAGCCUUGCCCCGCCCCCUUGCUCUGCUCAAGCCUCUUCCUUUGUCACAGCUCCGCCCAGUUGUAUACACCCACUGGGGAAGGUUUCUCUGUUCCCUCCCCAGUAACUCUGGGUCUGAGCUGACAGAGAUGGACCAUCGAAAAGCCAAGGUCCUCCCAGCUAUGCAACACUGCCCCUCCCUAGGAAUGGGGGCCUCCGAGGCCAGCAGCGUGAGAUUAUCUGUGUCACCUUCCAUCAGCAGGAACCCAGCCAUGGUGAAUGAGGCCAGAGGGAGUGGCGGCUUCAACCUCCGCUCAGAGGGCAGCAGCAGUGGCAGUGAGAACUCCAAAGAUAGUUCAAGAUGUUCCACACCAGGCCUGGACCUGGAGCGGCAUGAGAAACUCCGGGAGAAGAUGAGGCGGAGGAUGGAAUCUGGUGACAAGUGGUAUUCCUUGGAAUUCUUCCCUCCUCGAACUGCACAGGGAGCUGUCAAUCUCAUCUCAAGAUUUGACCGGAUGGCGGCAGGGGGCCCCCUCUUCAUAGAUGUGACCUGGCACCCAGCAGGGGACCCUGGCUCAGACAAGGAGACUUCUUCCAUGAUGAUUGCCAGCACCGCUGUGAACUACUGUGGCCUGGAAACCAUCCUGCACAUGACCUGCUGCUGUCAGAGCCAGGAGGAGAUCACGGGCCAUCUGCACAAAGCCAAGCAGCUGGGUCUGAAGAACAUCCUGGCCCUGAGGGGAGACCCCACAGGUGACCAGUGGGAAGAGAAGGAAGGAGGCUUCAGCUAUGCGGUGGACCUGGUGAAACACAUCCGAAAUGAGUUUGGUGACUACUUUGACAUCUGUGUGGCAGGUUACCCCAAAGGCCAUCCUGAAGCAGAGAGCUUUGAGGCUGACCUGAAGCACUUGAAGGAGAAGGUAUCUGCAGGGGCCGAUUUCAUUAUCACCCAGCUUUUCUUUGAGACUGACACGUUCCUCCACUUUGUGAAGGCUUGUACCCAUGUGGGCAUCACCUGCCCCAUCCUCCCCGGGAUCUUUCCCAUUCAGGGCUAUCACUCCCUUCGGCAGCUUGUGAAGCUGUCCAAGCUGGAGGUGCCACAGAAGAUCAAGGAUGUGAUUGAGCCAAUCAAAGACAACGAUGCUGCCAUCCGUAACUAUGGCAUCGAGCUGGCUGUGAGCCUGUGCCAGGAGCUUCUGGCCAGCGGCUUGGUGCCAGGCCUCCACUUCUACACCCUCAACCGAGAGAUGGCUACCACGGAGGUGCUGAAGCGCCUUGGCAUGUGGACUGAGGACCCCAGGCGUCCCUUGCCCUGGGCUGUCAGUGCCCACCCCAAGCGCCGGGAAGAAGAUGUACGUCCCAUCUUCUGGGCCUCCAGGCCAAAGAGUUACAUCUACCGAACCCAGGAGUGGGAUGAGUUCCCCAAUGGCCGCUGGGGCAAUUCUUCCUCCCCAGCCUUUGGGGAGCUGAAGGACUACUACCUCUUCUACCUGAAAAGCAAGUCCCCCAAGGAGGAGUUGCUAAAGAUGUGGGGGGAAGAGCUGACCAGUGAAGAAAGUGUCUUUGAUGUCUUUGUCCACUACCUCUCGGGAGAGCCAAACCAGAAUGGCCAUAAAGUGACAUGCUUGCCCUGGAACGAUGAACCGUUGGCAGCCGAGACCAGCCUGAUGAAGGAGGAGCUGCUCCGAGUGAACCGGCAGGGCAUCCUCACCAUCAACUCCCAGCCCAACAUCAACGGCAGGCCGUCCUCCGACCCCGUUGUGGGCUGGGGCCCCAGUGGGGGCUACGUCUUUCAGAAGGCCUACUUAGAGUUCUUCACUUCCCGGGAGACAGCGGAAGCGCUUCUGCAAGUGCUGAAGAAGUACGGGCAGCGGGUUAAUUACCACAUUGUGGAUGUGAAGGGUGAAAACAUCACCAAUGCCCCAGAGCUGCAGCCCAAUGCCGUCACUUGGGGCAUCUUCCCUGGACGAGAGAUCAUCCAGCCCACAGUAGUGGAUCCCGUCAGCUUCAUGUUCUGGAAGGACGAGGCCUUCGCCCUGUGGAUUGAGCAGUGGGGCAAGCUGUACAAUGACGAGUCCCCGUCCCGCAUGAUCAUCCAGCACAUCCAUGACAACUACUUCCUGGUCAACCUGGUGGACAAUGAGUUCCCGCUGGACAGCUGCCUGUGGCAGGUGGUAGAAGAUGCACUUGAGCUUCUCAGCAGGCCCAGCCAGAGUGAGAGGGAGGUGGAGGCUUCAUGACCCUGUGUCCUGAUGUCCCGAGCUGGGGGACGCUUGUGUCCCACCUUCCUUCUCCCAGUCCUGGGUCUCCCCGGAACCUACUCUCCUCCGUCUGCCUGAGCCCUGACCUCCACUGCCUGAUGUGAAGAUGGCAGCGACACUACUGUGAUGUCCCCAGGCUCUGGCUGGAUCUCGGUCGGCCCCACACAGGAGCCAGGUGCUCCCUGCCCCAGCUGGAGUGUGUGCUAUUUCGGUUGUUCACCUUCCCCCUGCGGAGGACCACAGUGGGGAGCGUGGCUCCCUCCCUGAGGAGAGAGGAGACUGGCGGUUGCCAGCUGAGCGCUUGAACCAAGGCAACCUCUAGGAUCCAGCCUGGCAUGCCCAGUGAACUUGCACUUGGGGUCCAUGGAAUGCUGGAAGAGCACAUGGGGGCAGUGGGCGUUGGUGUCAUUGUAGAAGAUACAUGGCAAAGUGAAGGGGCCGCACCCCCUCACCCCAGAUGUUGGCAGCCAGGCCCAACCUACUUGUGACUGACGGGGCAAACCACUGUUCUGCCUACCCACAUGGCCGUCCACAGCACCAGGCCCCUGGAUGGGCCUCGGGCUGACACCUAAUAAUCAGGUGUUUCUUAAUAUUCUCCCAGAGAGCUCAGCUGGGUUCUUCCCCUUUCUACAAUGCUGCUUUUUGGAAUAGUUGUCUCUAUAUUCUGUGGCUCCAGAGAAAAGGUGCCCUUCUGAGGGUUGAAGUAGUCUGACUCCCUGAGCAUGGUGGCAGCCUUAGCCUGCCCUUCUUGCCCCUGGCCACGAUGGCUUUGUCUGCCCAUUAACUGUCAAGGGCAAAGAUGAGGCUCACCUAAGCAGAGGCCCUGGUGCUGCCUGGGGCUAUGCAGCAGCCACGCUUCUGGCUUAAUUUUUUUUUUUUAAUUAUUAUUUAUUUUGCAGUGUUUGGCCGGGGCUGGGUUUGAACCCGCCACCUCGGGCACAUGGGGCUGGCACCCUACCCCUUUGAGCCACAGGUGCCGCCCCUUCUGGCUUAUUGUUGAUGUAGGCCGUCCCCAGGCCAGCUGCCCUUUCCCCUCUACUCUUCCUGUCCCAGAGGCUGUCUGCUGGCACUGCUCCCAAGGGCAGUGACUGGCAGAUCCAGACAGGCCGUCCCCUGGCCUGGAUCACUAGCUCAUGAAUGGGGGUGGGGGUCCCGGAGCAGCCUGAUGACAAUUGUGGGACCUCUUCACCCUUUCCUGGCCUUUCGGAGAAACUGAGCAAGAGAAACAACUAGGACUGAGGAGGCAUUAUUGUCCUUUAGAGCUCCUUGAGCUGUCUGUCAUCGUACUCCCCAGGCGUG